AGAGGGAAGCAAAUGCAUAGCUGUGGUUCACGAAUAGCGAACAAGAUUAGACGGCUCUCCGAAGCUCAGGAUGGCGAGUCUCUUCACCAUAUACUCUUGAUUCAGGAGGAUAUACGAACUUCUCUUUUACCAGUGUUUGAAUCCGCUGCACUAUCUGAGCGUCCCUUUCGCUUGAGGGGGAACUGAAAUGAAAGCAGAAGGCAACUCGUGUGUGAAUUACUAUUGGAUACAGUGAAGUCAAGGACGUUCAGUACAUGGCUUUUCCGUCGGUGUACUACCAUAAAGCUUAGGGCCACCGUAGUUAUUUGGUCAAGGAAAUGUGAGGACUUGGAUGCAGCUCGAGACUGAUGAUCAGCUGUCCCUAAUUCCUGUUUUACAUGAAGUCGUUAAACUAUCAAACGGCCUCAAGACAAAGGAAAGGAAACUGUCUCAGUUAAUUGUGGGGUACAUUGUAACAUUUCAAGCUGGUAUUAAAUGCCACCCCGUAUUGUAUUUUUAUGUCUGCUGAGUAGAGGAAUAAGCACGCGCUCUUGAAAAAAGAGGGAAUGGGCCAAUGAACUUUGAUUUUGGGCACCACCGAUGAGGACGCCAGCAGUGAAUUGACGAGCCACACAGAAGCCCCCCAGUCCCUCCCACCUCCAGCCCCCCUCCCCUCCCUCUGUCCCUCCCCCCUCCUUCUGACCCCUCUCCCCCCACCCCAGACUCACCAUGCUGAUCAAGGAGUAUCGGAUCCCAAUGCCAAUGAGCGUGGACGAGUACCGCAUCGCCCAGCUCUACAUGAUCCAGAAAAAGAGCCGGGAUGAGACCUGUGGCGAGGGCAGCGGAGUAGAGAUCUUGGAGAACAAGCCGUACGAUGACGGCCCAGGGGGAAUCGGACAGUACACCCACAAGGUUUACCACAUCGGCAUGCACAUCCCCAGCUGGUUCCGCUCCAUCCUGCCCAAGGCAGCGCUCCGGGUGGAGGAGGAGUCCUGGAACGCCUACCCCUACACCCGCACAAGGUACACCUGUCCCUUUGUUGAGAAGUUCUCCAUUGACAUUGAGACGUACUACAAGCCAGACACAGGGAACCAGCCAGACGUCUUCAACAUGUCUCCAGUCGAGAAGAGGCUAAGGACUCUGGACUCUCUUGCAGACCCCAUUGACAUUGUCAAAGAUCCCAUCCCCCCACAUGAGUACAUGCAAGAGGAGGACCCUCGGAUCUACAGGUCAGACAAGACCAAUAGAGGCCCUCUGCAGGAGGACUGGAUCGAGGAGUACAACAACAACCCGGGGAAGACGCCCAUCAUGUGUGCUUACAAACUGUGCAAGGUGGAGUUCCGCUACUGGGGCAUGCAGUCCAAGAUCGAGCGCUUCAUCCAUGAUGUAGGGCUGAGAAAGGUGAUGGUGCGGGCCCACCGGCAGGCCUGGUGCUGGCAGGAUGAGUGGUACGGCCUGACCAUUGAGGACAUCAGACAGCUGGAGCUUGAGACCCAGCUGGCCCUGGCCCAGAAGAUGGCUCAGUUCAGCCAGGCAGAGGAGGCCACCGAGGCCAAUGGUGCUGCUUCAUCCCCAGACAAGAACCAGGAGGCCAAAGAUACCAUUAGCUCCUUAGAAACUGAGGUGGUCAGUGCAGGGGGCGGGGGAGACACGCUCCAAACAAAACGAGCAGGGCUCACCAAGCAGUGGUCCACCUCCUCCAGAUCCUCCCGCUCAUCCAAGAGAGCGAGCCCAUCACGCCACAGCCUCUCUGAAUGGAGGAUGCAGAGCAUAGCACGAGACUCCGAGGACAGCUCAGAAGAGGAGUUCUUUGAUGCUCACGAGGACUUGUCAGAUGAUGAACAGAUUUUCCCCAAGGAGAUCGCCAAGUGGAACUCCAAUGACCUCAUGGACAAGAUUGAGGCAGCUGACGCAGAAGACAUCCCUGGAGAGCUGUACAAGGAUAUGGCAGGGGACUAUGAGAGGGCAGCCAGUGAGGAGAGACUAGAUGAGAUGCGUGGCUCUGUUAGCAGCCAAGCCUAUAGAUCUACCAUUCCUACCAUCACCGUAACCAAGCACCAGUCAGACCUGUCCUCCCAGCAGUGUCUGCAGCCUUCUAAGAUUCAUGUGCUGAUCCUGGUGUUACAUGGGGGCAACAUCCUGGACACGGGUGGAGGGGACCAGACCAGUAAGCAAGGCGACAUCAACACUAUCAGCACAGCCUUUGACGCAGUGAUGCGCGUGCACUAUCCCACUGCGCUGGGCCGCAUCGCCAUCCGUCUGGUUCCCUGUCCCGCCAUCUGCGCUGAGGCCUUCUCCCUGGUGACCAAUCUCAGCCCAUACAGUUAUGAUGAGAGCUGUAUGUCUAGCAGUCAGGACCACAUCCCCCUGGCUGCCCUGCCUCUCCUGGCCACCUCCGCCCCCCAGUACCAGGAGGCUGUGGCCACCGUCAUCAUGAGAGCCAACCAGGUGUACAAUGACUUCAUCAGGUCCCUGAACGGGGCAACCUUCUCUGGCCAGGUGUGCCUGAUUGGGGACUGUGUGGGAGGGAUCCUGGGGUUUGACGCAUUGUGCAGCAGCAACCAAACUAUUGGUGACAGCCAGAACAGCAGCCGCAGGGGCAGUGUAAUCAGCGUACAGGACCAGGACCUUCUCUCCCCAGGCAUCAUCAUAAACAGUGGGCCCGGCUCUGCCUCUCCCACCCUGGAGGGCAGCCGCCACCUGAGCCUCAGCAACAUCGACAUCCCCCGCUCAGGAGGACCAGACGACUCCAAGAGACAGCAGCCGCGCAAAAGGAGCGGCGACUCCACAUACGAGCUGGACACCAUCAAACACCACCAGGCCUUCCUAACCAGCCUACACUCCAGUGUCCUACGGACCGACCCGUGCUCCCGCAGGUCCAGCAGCAGCACCUUCCAGGAUGCAGGCUGUCUGGGGAAGUUUGACUUUGAGGUGGCAGACUUCUUCCUCUUCGGCUCUCCUCUGGGCCUUGUCCUUGCCCUGAGGAAGACUGUCAUUCCUGUGCUGGAUGUGGCCCAGCUGCGCCCAGCUUGCCAGCAGGUCUACAACCUGUUCCAUCCAGCCGACCCCUCGGCCUCGCGCCUGGAGCCCCUCCUGGAGAAGAAGUUCCACCUCCUGCCCCCCUUCAACGUACCCCGCUACACACGAUUUCCCCUGGGGGACGGCAACUCCGCUCUACUGGUGGAGACAGUCCAGAGCAACCCUCAGUUCCUGCUCGAUAGUGGGACCCCUCUCUCUUUCCGCUGUCAGGAACCUAUCAGCGAGACCUGCAUCCCUGUGCCCGUGCUAAACUGGCAGGAGGGCUCCCUCAAGGCCACACCUGCUGUUCUAGAGUCGGAUGUUGUUCAGUCUCAUGGUGGUGUCUUCAUGGACAGUUCGUACCCCUCCUCCCCCGUUACGGGCCCCCACUGCCGGGGCCUGCGCAGGGCCAGUGAGGUCAGCAUUGCCAGCCAGGUUUCAGGAAUGGCAGACAGUUACACUGCCACCAACAUAGCCAACACACAACCAUGCCAAAUUAACCAAACCAAAAAACUCAGCCUUUUGUCCCAAAUCGCCCUGACAUCACAAACCAAAUUCUCCCUGAGAAGCCCCGCUAAAUCCCAUAGAAAAGAAAGGACUGAUCCAGUCCGACGAUCUACUGACGCAGACAACGGGCCACAACCAGACCCAGAGGCAGACCCAGACGCUAAUAGAGGUGUAAGCCCCUGUGGCUCUGGUCAGUUAGAGAGACACCUGUCAGCUGGCCUGGAUUAUACCAUAUAUGACCUGGUCUCCCUGGACUCCCAGGCAGAGGUGGAUCAAGUCGCAGCACGUUGGUGGGGAACCAAGCGUAUGGACUUUGCCUUGUACUGCCCUGAUGCCCUGACAGCCUUCCCCACGGUGGCACUACCGCACCUCUUCCAUGCAUCCUACUGGGAGUCCACUGAUGUAGUGUCCUUCCUGCUGCGACAGGUGAUGAGGCAUGAAAACUCCAGCAUACUGGAGCUGGAUGGUAAGGAGGUGUCAGAGUUCACUCCAACCAAACCUCGGGAGAAGUGGCUCAGGAAGAGAACCCACGUCAAGAUCAGGAAUGUGACAGCCAAUCAUCGUGUGAACGAUGCAGUGUUCACAGAAGAUGGGCAGCAGAUCGUGACUGGCCGCUUCAUGUACGGACCUCUUGACAUGGUCACAUUGACAGGGGAGAAGGUGGACAUCCACAUCAUGACCCAGCCCCCAUCUGGAGACUGGGUGUACUUUGACACGGAGCUGACCAACAGCAGCGGCCGCGUGUCCUUCAUCAUCCCAGAGAGCAAGCGGCUGGGGGUUGGUGUCUAUCCGGUCAAACUGGUGGUCAGGGGGGACCAUACAUUUGCAGACAGCUACCUGACAGUGCUUCCCCGUGGGACAGAGUUUGUGGUGUUCAGUAUAGACGGCUCAUUUGCUGCCAGUGUGUCCAUCAUGGGGAGCGACCCCAAAGUGCGCGCCGGAGCAGUCGACGUGGUCAGGCACUGGCAGGACCUGGGCUAUCUGAUCGUCUAUGUGACAGGGCGUCCAGACAUGCAGAAGCAGAGAGUGGUGGCCUGGCUGUCUCAGCAUAACUUUCCCCAUGGCAUCGUGUCCUUCUGUGACGGCCUGGUCCACGACCCACUCAGACACAAGGCCAACUUCCUCAAGUCACUCAUGGAGGCUCACAUGAAGAUCUUUGCUGGCUAUGGUUCUACCAAAGACAUUUCCGUCUACACCUCCAUCGGCCUCUCUCCCUCCCAGAUCUACAUCAUUGGCCGACCCUCCAAGAAGAUGCAAGCUCAGUGCCAGUUCAUUACUGAGGGCUAUGCGACCCACCUCUCUCAGCUGGAGUACAACCAGCGCUCCCGGCCACCAAAGACCAGCAGUGCCCGCAUGGUCCUACGGAAAGGCAGCUUUGGUCUGGGUGCAAAAAGCGACUUUCUGCGGAAGCGGAACCACCUGCUGCGCACCAUUUCCGCCCAGCCGGCCCCCAGCUCGUCCACCGGCAGCGGCCACAGCAGACCAGAGCGCACACAGAGCCAGUCAGACAGCCACAGCCACAGCCAGCACGGCCCGGGACCAGCCCAGCGCAGCAUGAGCAUGGCAGCAGGCUGCUGGGGCCGCAGUGGCAGCACCAAGCUGGAACCUGGGAUUUUCAACCCAAAGUAGGGUUAGAGAGGUAGAUAAGAGAGGGAGGAUAAGGAGAGUGUGUAAAGUUAAAGAAGAAGAGGAUGAAAUUGAGAAAGGAGGGAAAGCCUGCAAAUAAAUUUAAAUGACAAGUAAUUUCAAGAUGGGGGAGAGAUGCUGAACGUAGGCUUUCAAGGCUCUAAAUAUAGAGACAGGAAAUAGAAUGAGAGAAUACAGCAUUGAAAACCUUAGGUGCUACGAACCAGUCUUUGUAAAGCGACAUCAAUAUACCUGAAUCAACAAAAAUCUACGGUCAGAGGCUCUUUUUACUUCAGACAGUGAUACAUUGGAGAAAAGCCUUUUAAGAAGCAUCUUAUUUAAGCAAGGGACAUGCAUGCACAACACACAAACCAUUGGCCAACAAUAGCAAGAGAGUGCUAAAGAAAAAGUUGAAUAUUGUUUUAGUGUUUAUUUAUCAAUGUCUGUAAUACCAUAUCAAUAUACAUAGUGUGUGUCCUGGACUGGGGCUUCAGAGUGGAGCUGGUUCCAUUCUGUGGUAAUUCAGCGCCCCCAUGCUGCAGGUUUGGGUUAAGUCCUGAUAAAUCAAUGUCCCCCAUCUUCCACCCUGGGUUAUACAGGUGUGUUUUAUCCUCCUUGCACCAUGGCAGUCUACAGUCUCCAGAACCACACAAAUACAGCCAAUAUAGAAUCAUGGCAUUUCUUCAGCAGCUGCAAUACUCACAGGUUUGUGUACCAAUUGCUCUUUGGUUAUAGGUGAGAACCAAAUUAUUGUCUGUGCUAUCAUACAGAACAUGUUACAUUAGCUAUAGGCUACUGCAAUCAUUGCCUACACAACAGGUAUAUUUAUAGAUAUCACUUUCAGGGCAAACUUGUAUUACUGUAAGGUUAUGUGCCAAAGUAGGCCGUAUGAAAUUGUAUACUAUAUGUGAAGGGAUAAGCUGAAUCCAAGAUGUCCUUUGAGACAGGCUGAAACUGCUCUGUGGACCUCGUUUGGGAUGAUUGAUUGUAUAGUUGAAGAUGAUCACGGCUUGUCUAUAAUAUUGUAUGUUGAGCUGGGGUCAGGUCUACCUAGGGCCCAUUAUCUAGUAUCCUCUUCACACUGAGGAGAUACACAAUCACAUUCAGGAUACACUUUUUAAUAAUUUUUAGAUAGAUAUAAAUGUAUAUAUACUUUUUUUUGUGAACUUAUGUGUUUUAGUUCUGUUAACUACAUAGUGUUUCGUUUUCUCAAGCAAUCAUCCGCAGCAGCCAAUACACAUCAGAGGUAUUUGCCUUGCACAGUAUUGUAUUUCUACCAGAUUGACUGAUCAUGCAAAUCACAAGACUUGUAUUAAUGUAUCUGCUAUUACUACAGUGCAUUCGGAAACUAUUCAGACCCCUUUUUCCACAUUUUGUUACGCUGUUAUUCUAAAAUGGAUAAAAUUACAUUUUUUCCUCAUCAAUCUACACACACCAUAAUGACAAAGUGAAAACAGGUUUUUAGAAAUGUUUGCAAAUGUAAAUAAUAAUAAAAAUGUAAAGGACAUAAGUAUUCAGACCCUUUGCUAUCAGCUCAGGUGCAUCCUUUUUCCAUUGCUCAUCCUUGAGAUGUUUCUACAACUCCACCUAUAAAUUCAAUUGAUUGGACAUGAUUUGGAAAGGAACAUAUAUAAGUUCCCACAGUGCAUGGCAGAGCAAAAACCAAGCCAUGAGGUCGAAGGAAUUGUCUGUAGAGCUCCGAGACAGGAUUGUGUCGAGGCACAAAUCUGGGGAUGGGUACAAAAAAAUGUAUGCAGCAUUGAAGGUCCCCAAGAACACAGUGGCCUCCAUCAUUCUUAAAUGGAAGACGUUUGGAACCACCAAGACACUCCCUAGAGCUGGCCGCCCGGCCAAACUGAGCAAUCGAGGGAGAAGGGCCUUGGUCAAGAAGGUGAACAAGAACCCAAAGGUCACUCUGACAGCACUCUACCAAUCAGGCCUUUAUGGUAGAGUGGCCAGAUGGAAGCCACUCUUCAGUAAAAAGCACAGGACAGCCUGCUUGGAGUUUGACAAAAGGCACCUAAAGGACUCUCAGACCAUGAGAAUCAAGAUUUCCUGGUCUGAUGAAACCAAGAUUGAACUCUUUGGCCUAAAUGCCGAAGGUCACAUCUGAAGGAAUCCUGGCACCAACCCUACGGUGAAGAAUGGUGGUGGCAGCAUCAUGCUGUGGGGAUGUUUUUCAGCGGCAGGGACUGGGAGACUAGUCAGGAUCGAGGGAAAGAUGAACGGAGCAAAGUACAGAGAGAUCCUUGAUGAAAACCUGCUCCAGAGCGCUCAGGACCUCAGAUUGGGGUGAAGGUUAACCUUCCAAGAGGAGAGACCUGAAGAUAGCUGUGCAACAACACUCCCCAUCCAACCUGACAGAGCUUGAGAGGAUCUGCAGAGAAGAAUGGGAGAAACUCACCAAAUACAGGUGUGCCAAGCGUGUAGUGCCAUACCCAAGAAGACUCAAGGCUGUAGUCGCUGCCAAAGGUGCUUUAACAAAGUACUGAGUAAAGGGUCUGAAUACUUGUAAAUAAUGUACAUUUUAUAUUUCGUUUUUUUAUUUAUAAUACAUUUGCACACACAACCUGUUUUUGCUUUGUCAUUACGGGAUAUUGUGUGUAGAUUGAUGACGAGAAAAAAACAAUUUAUUCAAUUUUAGAAAAAGGCUGUAACAUAACAAUGUGUAAAAAGUCAAGGAGUCUGAAUACUUUCCGAAAGCACAGUACGAUAUAUUUAGAAAAUAUGAAAUACAAUCACUUCCUAAGCUGUAAAUAAGGCACUGGAUGAUUAUGCACAUAGACAAUAAUAUUUAGGUUCAAUUGGGAGUCAUUUGUUGAAGCCUCCGAUGAACAAUUUGUAGAUUGUAGAUAAUGUAAAAAAUAUGCUUUGGAAAGUAGGAACAUAGAGUUCAGAUUUGUUCAAUAAUGUUGAUUUAAUAAUUUAAGAUGAUUGACCGUGAGUUUAAUUCAAAUUAUUUGUACUUGUUUCAAACCUGUGUAGAACUAUAACAGUAAUCGACCAAUGACAAUUGAAAAGGUUCAAUAUUACCCACACACAUGCCACAGCAGCAGAUCCACCAUAGAGAAAGAAUGCCACAAUGCAUCGACAAUCAGUUAAGCAGGCACAUGCAGAAGUAGAGAAACAGAAUGUCUUGGUGCCGUGUGAUUUGGGACACACGAGUAUAAACAUGAUCAUAGAAAAUUGUUUAGACAAAUGGCAUCUUUGUUGAACUGUAAUUACAUUUCUUGCGUGAUUCUGGGAAAAUAAGGAAGACUGUGUGAGGGAUGUAUGGGGAGGGAGGACCAUCAUGGUGAAGUGGGGUCGUCUCAAUCCAAACAGAUUGCUCUGGUAGGGAAUGAAUGAGGCACCAGACUGUCUAUAGCCCUAUUUAUACUGCUGUAUUUACACAGGCAGACCCAUUCUGAUCUUUUGGCCAAUUAAGGGAAAAAGAGCUGAUCUAAUUGGUCAAAAGACCAAUCAGUAAAAAAAAAAGAUCAGAAGUGGGUUGCCUGUGCAAACACAGCCAAGCUGGCACUCACAUUCACACUUUGUCCUGAUCUUGUUCACAUUCUGAUUGUGAUCUGAUUGUCAUCAGACCUUCCUGAUCACCUCCGUAGGUAGUUAGGCACACAUUGUGUCUGUAUAUCAAUCAAGGGUAAACAGAUCUGGAUGGUCAAAUAAUCGUGUUAAAUUAUCGUUAUAACGGCCUCAAAAUAUUGACAGGUAGCACGGUUGAUUUAUGGCAUCAGUAAUUGUCUUAAAAUAUAUAUUUUCUUUUUUGAAAGAAUAGCUGUCAAAUAUUUUGCAUACAGGGAGGCACCAGCUAAUCUGUUCACAAUGCGAACACGGUGUCAGGAUGAGGCACUUUGGCUGCGUUUAGACAGGCAGCCCAAUUCAACAACAAAAAAUACACUAAUUAGUCUUUUGACCAAUGACAUCAGAUCUUUUUCAGAAUUGGGCUGCCUGUGUAAAUGCAGCCAUUGAUGAGAUUCAAUUAUCUGGCCAGGUUUACAGUUUGCAGUCUGCUCAAAACAGAAGUUUAGCCCAGGCUAGAUAAGGCACGUGAAGUAAUGAGUAGGAUUCUGUGUUUUCGCAUGCAAAAGUGAUUGCUUUGUGAUUGUGAUUGCCUUCCGAAUGAAAACUAGUUCGAAAAUUUGAACAUAUAUUUAAGGAAAAAGAGCUGUAUGUUUCUGGAUGAUACAGCAUGCUUCCUUGUUGACAACAUGGCCGAGCUGCGCAGAUUACUGUUCAAUUUUUAGAAGGGCGCUCCUCCCUCAUCGCAUUUGCCCGUUCACUUCAUGGGCCAUAGACCAGUGCACCGAAGCUCAGGUUAACAGAACUCCCUCAUUGUAAUACAAUAUCUAGAAGCGACAAACCUUGAUCAGAUAGUGAUUGGAUCAUAUUGAUCAAAUCAUAAAACCCGCAUGUUAGCACAAGGUUUGAAUGAGGCUAUUGUGAACCCAAUGUUCUAGAAUCCUUAGUUAACCACCAAUUAAUCUCAUGCAUAUAUGAGAUCAUGCUAUUCCUGUUCAAUUUCUGACUAUAGGCACAUUCCAGGGUGACUCUGAAAGCAUUGCCCCAAAUACACAAACAUGCAACAGGCAUGGUAAAUAUCCAGUCAGUUGAGCUGGAGGGGCUUGUGUGGUAAAGCAAUGCAGUUGUAACUGAUACUGUAGUAGGCUACAAGUCACUGUUCAUAUGAUAUGGUUACCUUUUCUUUAAGUAGCAUAACUCUAAGGGCAACCCACAUGGAUUUCUCUGUAGAUAACACUGAGUCUUUCUGUGCAUCCUGACAGUGAAAUUGGAUAAGACAGUUUAGCACAUCCAGCUAAAAGAAAACAUGCACCCUUCUAACAAUUAUUACAUGGCUGCUCUUUAAAGCAUCAUCCUGCUCCAGAGAUACUGUAUCAGUCAACUGGACAUUGACACCUGGAGAAUGUAAAGGUAGAUCUGUACAAUCAUCAGUUAAACUCAGACACCUCUACACAAAGACAAUCCCCAUAGUUAUCCUACUGGCAAAUGCAGAUAUUACCAGAGGCCUUACAGUACAUUUCCCUUUUUGCCUUAAAUUUGCUGUUUCCCUGUUCUGCCUCUGGAAUAAUCCUCCAGUAGGAUUGCUGUAUGGUCACUGAAAAGGACCAUUAUUUACCAAUGAGACGUUGGUAUGACUUUUGUCUGCUUGGUUGUAUCGACAGGGAAAUAGUAUAAAUGUAAAUAGGAAUAUAUUACAAAUAAAACUACUUGCACCCGUAUCAUAUCAAGCCUCCACUCUGCACUUAAAAAUGUUUCAUCUCACGCUUAUUGAAAUGGCAAUGCUGACUGAAUUUGAUCACAUCAAAAUGACCUUACCUGGCUGUAAAAAUGUCCCAAUACCUUGGCUAUAUACAGUAUCAACAUACUUUGUAUUACUCUGAAGUUUUAGACAGUUAUUUUACCCAUUCUUUGUGUUUCCAUGUACAGUGUAUAAAGUAAGUAUGAAGAA